AUGGCUCAACCCGCGCCUUCAGACGAUCCUUAUGGUUCGAAAAUUGUUACCGAAUUCCAUCACGACACAUAUCCGUUCAUUAACCCGGAGAAGGGUGCUGCAUCCGAUAUUAAAGUGCUGGUUACUGGUGCCUCCCGAGGCAUUGGCUAUGAGACAGUGAAGUCCUUUGCCCGUGCUGGUGCUUCGGCGAUCGCCCUUCUUGCUCGUUCACAACUUGAUGACGUUGCGAAAGAUGCCAUCGAGGUAGCAAAAGCCGCUGGUCAUAAGCAACCAAAGAUUUUGAAACUUCAAACCGAUAUGUCAGAUCCAGCUGCGGUGGGAAGGGCAAUGGACAUUGUGGCGGAACAUUUCCAAUCACUGGAUGUGGUUAUAAACAACGCAUCGAGGCUGGAGAAAUGGGUGCCCCUAGCACAGACUGACGUCGAUGACUGGUGGUUGACAUGGGAAGUUAAUCUAAAGGGAACCUUUAUUGUGACCAGGGCUGCUCUUCCCUUACAUUCAUUUCAACGAGCGAACAGUCCUGGCGCAAGCGCGUACCAAAUGAGCAAGACUACCCAGAUACGGCUGAAUGAUUUCUUGAUGGCAGAGUACGGCGACAUGGGUUUGAUUGCCUAUGCUGUUCAUCCUGGGGGUGUCAAGACCGAAACAGCUCUUAACAUGCCAGAAUAUAUGCACUCCUAUCUAACACAGACACCUCAAUUGUGCGCCGAUACAAUAGUUUGGUUGACUCGAGAGCGAAAGGAAUGGCUUGCGGGUCGGUUUGUGUUUGGACCUCUCGACAUGCAAGAACUUGCUGCGAAAGAGAGUGAAAUCUUGAAGAAGGAUUCAUUGAAGCUGAAGUUGGUAAUCUGA